CUGAGAAAAGAACCUGUGAUGUCACAGCUGGCCCUGGGUACAGCAUGCAUAAGCUAUACUUCAUGUUCUAUCUUUUCCAGAGUCUCACAGUGAAGCAAAUACAUUUGCUAUAUUCACUCUCAUCCUUCAGAAGUGGCAUAUAGAAAAGGAAGCGGUUCUAUAUUCUGUUGCAUGCGUAUAAUGCAGCUCAGGCUGCUCAGCCGUGACAUCAUACCACAUUACCUCAAACGAAUAUCAAAAUGGAGGAGCAGCAGAUUGAUCAGAGUGGAGGACACCUAUACAACUCAUUUUUGUCCAAUACCUCAUCUUAAGGAGAGAUAUGGCAAUCCAGAGCCGUCUGCCACUUUGUAUUGCAAUUUCAUAUUGAAAUCCUUGCAUCAAUUCUUCCAGCUAGAUCUACUUCCUUCAGAUGGUGAGCUACAAGUACUGGAUUAUGGUUGUGGUCCUGUCAUUUGCAACGUUAUCAGUGCCUCAAAACAUGCCAGGAGCAUAACAAUGGCUGAAUAUACUCCUCAAGGAAGGGAAGUGGUUGAGCAAUGGUUGAAUGGAUCUCUAACCAGUUUUGACUGGUCGCCACAUUUCGAUUACAUUGUGCAGACUCUGGAGGGGAAGAGUGAGGAGGAAGCAAGGGAGAGAGAGAGGAGUCUUCGUAAAAAGAUGAAGGGAGUUGUAUCGUGUGAUUUAACAAAGGAUCCACCAAUUGAUCCUCAAUAUUUGGGCCCUUAUGACAUAAUAGUCUGUAGUUUAGUCAUUAAUACAACAUCAAGCAGCAUUGAGGAGCACCAAGCUCAAAUGAAUAGGCUUGCAUCUCUUAUUAAGAAAGGAGGCUACCUUUUAUUUGUAACUUGCUUGAGGGCAGAUGGUAACGAAGGUGUCCAUCAAUACCAUUAUUUUUGUGGAGGAAGUGACGUGGAAUACAAUGCAAUUGCAGUUUCUAUGAAGUGUCUUUUUUCUAUGUUGGAGGCCUCUGGUCUGGCAGUGGUCAGCAGUAGUGAUCAUCUUUGUACUGGAAAGCCUGAUAUUAGAUCUAAUUUUAUUUUUGUUGCUGGUAGAAAAGUUUAACAAACAACUAUGAAUGAUGUACAUUCUUUAUUAAAUGUAAUGUUAACUCCUGCUAUCUUCUUAUAGUGUUGAAAUAAUUAUGUUGGCUUUGAUUAAUUUACAAAUAUGAAAAAUUAAUGC